UGCACCUGACCAUGAUGUGCCUGGAGUACCGGUCGACGCUGGUCGCCUGCGUCUGCAUCUACCUCGUAUACAAGUGGUCCGGCCACGAGAUCCCGAAGUCGUCCAAGGGCAAGGACUGGUUCUGGUAUGUGGACCGUGACGUCACUCUUGAGCAGCUAGAGCGCGUCAGCGAGGAGUUCCUCCUGAUCUUCAACCAGUGCCCGUCCAAGCUGAAGAAGAAAAUCAUGAACUCGAGCAGGGCCAUCAGUGAUCAGGAGGCCGAGCAGAGGAAGCAUGAAGUAAUACGAGAAGCCGCCACCUCCGCCGCCGGCCGCGCUGAAGCAGGAGAAGAAGGUCGCCAGCGCCGUUCCGACCUUGAACGGCGUGGGACGCUGCCUGCUGCCGCCAAGGAUCCCCUGAGCGGCGGCAGCAGCAAUAACAACCUGGCGCUGACAUUAAAGAGCAUCAAGGAAGAAUUCUUGCCGCUUGGGCACCCGCUGCCCGCCGCCACGUGCUGGUCACGGGUGCUGGGAAUUACAAAGGAGCUGGUGCUGCCCAAGGUGGACGACAUCCCCAUCUUCAGCCCUCUGAAGGGUGGCGGCACGAGCAGCAUCAAGCUGCCGCGGGCCCCGCUGCCCAGCGAGCUGCGCUCCGUCUCCAUCAGCAGCCACGACAGCGACUUCGAGGUGGUAGAGCUGCGAGACCGACCUCCCGACGCUGGGGCCGAGCCGGCUGUCGCGGCGCCGAGCGCGCUGGCCGCCGACGCCGGCACCGCCGGCGCCGCCUCCGCCGCCACGGCCGCGCCGGCGCUCGCCAAGGUGGUGUCGGCGCCGUCGUCGUUGCUGAACGCGCCAAUCGCGCGUGACCUGUUCGGCGACGACGCUGGCCGCGAUGACCGCCACAAGCACCACAAGGAGAAGAAGAAGAAAAAGAAGGAGCACAAGGAGCAUAAGGAGCACAAGCAUAAGAAGGAAAAGAAGCACAAGGAGCACAAAGAGAAAAGAAAAGACAAACAUAGAGACCGUGAGGAGGAGGUGUCCAAGAGGACAUUCACCAUAUCAAAAGACAAGGUGGGCGGCUGUGAGCCGGCCCCAGCGCUGGAGCCGGGCACUGCGGGAAGCAGCCUCAAGCUAACGAUCCGCCCGGUCGUCAGUCCCGUGUCUAGUCCCGGAAGCACGCUCAAGUUCCGCAUCGGCAAGGACACGCGCGUGGCGCCGGCCGAGGGCUUCAAGAAGAAGCGUCGCCGCGACAGCAGCGGGUCCGAUCCCGGCCAGCUGGCGGCGUCCACCCACGGCUCGUCCGGCUCCAAGCACAAGCACAAACAUAAACGGCACAGAGAGGACUCGGAGUGCUCCGACAGUCAGCGCUUGUAGUGCCAUCUUCUGGAGCGUCGGUCGGCCGUCACGCGCGGGCCGGCCGCCUGCUUGACAACGCUGUGAUGCUUUGGUGCGCGUCCCGGCCGGCCGUGCGGCUGGCGGUUGGUGGCUGGCGGCGCCGGCACCCGAGUGCUGUGAUUAUGAUAACGUGUAGUCUUUCGCGUCGGGCGACCAGGUGGCGUGCGGCCGGCCGACCGACCCGGCCCAGCCAGCCCGGCACGG